AUGAAAAAAAUAUUAAAUGAAUAUAAAAAUAACAUAGUAAAGUUUCUUCAAGUUAACAAAAAGUUUUUCAGUGAAAAAACUUAUGAUGAAAAUGAGAAACUUUUUUUUAAUAACUUAAACAAAAUAUGGUGGGAUAAGACCGAAAAUGAAAACUUUUGUGAUAUUUUAGAAAAAAUAAUAGGAAAAAAUUUAUAUAGUUUGCAUGAUUAUAAUAAAUGUAGAUUUGAUUUUAUUUUUAACAAUUAUGAAUUUAUAUAUUUUGAAAACUUCAAAAAACAAAAACAAUUUAAUAAAAAAAUAAAUAUUUUAGAUGUAGGAUGUGGAGCAGGUAUAUUGUGUGAAUAUAUUAAAAAUAAUAUAUAUUAUUUUUUAAUUAAAAAUAAUAUUAUAUCUUAUAGUAACAAUUCACCAUUAGAAAAAGUAGAAAUAAAUAUUGAUGGUAUUGAUAUAUCAAAUAAUUUAAUCGAUUUAGCAAAAAAAAGACAAGCAAAUGAAAAAGAACAUUUUAUAAAUUAUAAUAAUAAUGAUAAUACAGUAAAAGAAUAUUUAAAAAUAGAAAAUAAAAUAGAAUAUAAUAAAAUAAAAAAAGAAAAUAGAAAUAUAAAUAUUAACCUAAAUUACAUAAAUUGUGAUAUAGUUGAUUUAGUAAAUUCAAAUAAAUUAAACCAAAAAAAAUAUGAUAUAAUAAUUUCUUCAGAAGUUAUUGAACAUAUAUCUAAUAAUAAGAAAAUAUCAUUUAUAAAAUAUAUAUCUCAAUUGUCUAAACCUAAUGCGUUAGUUGUUUUUACUUCUAUUAAUAAAAAUUUCUUAUCAUAUUUUUAUACCAUAAUAUUAGCUGAAUAUUUAACAGGAAUAAUUAAAAAAGGAACUCAUAAUUAUGAAAAAUUUAUUGAUAUCAAAGAGCUAAAUAUGAUUUGUGAAUAUUUUAAUUUAAAUAAUAUAAAUACAAAAUAUGUGAUAUAUUUUCCUUUUAUUCGAAAUUAUUUUACAACAAAAAAGUUGAAAUUGCUUUAUCUUUCAGCUUUUGUAUACAAGCAAAAAAAGGUAACUUAA